UGUAAAUAUUUUCAAUAUUAUCUUCUGAAAUUUUAAUUAGGUUAGAGCUUUAAGAUUUUUUUCUAUGCAAUUAAGCAUUAUGGUCAUUUGAACAGGAAACAAAUGGUUGCAGUUUCCUUAUAAAAUGAAAUUAGUGUAGGGAUAUUAUGUAUUCAUAUUACCAGAGGAUAUAGCCUAUUCUGUUCACUUUACGCUGCUAUAUGGUUUGUGUUUAUACGAUGGAAAAUACAGCUGUGGUGUAUGAACACAUGGAGACGCGUGUCGCUCUCGCGCGAGGAACCGACUUCCCAGCGCGACCCGCGUCUCCGCGUGACCGUACGCUGGCGCUCGAGGUGUCAUUUUUGGGAACUACGUCCAGGAGCUCCCACCAGCCGCGCCGCGCCCCCGCGCGCUACACAAAACUACUUUCGCGCGCAUUUUGUGUUUUUGAUGACUUUCGUGAAGUGCAUAUUUCAGUCGUUGAAAAUAUUCUUCCGUGAGCCAUGCCGAAGUCUAAACCACCUCCGAGCCGCUCUCACAAAAAGAGCAAGAAAGCAAAGAUCAAAAGAAACUUUUGGCUGGAGAAAAAAGCCAAGGAUAACGAAUCUGGAAAACAUCCAAGAAAUAUGAGUGAUGGUUCAGAGCGGAAUAAAACUUCUGAGACGUGUUCGUCAAGUGAAGUCGUCAGGACGCCUAUUCCUGGAUCUCCUGAACUAUCAAUCGCCGAAGAGAUUCCCAUAGAACCACUCCAACCAGAACACAAUGUUGUUGACGAGGGAGACCGUGAAACAACAAACAAAGGAUUCGGUAUUUUAGAUUGGCCAUCUGAAGAAUCAGAAAGUGAACUACCGGAUUUGGUAGUUGAGAAGGACCCUCCACUUAAACCUGUGACUGAUUGUAUAUCAGGAAACCGAUGUGUUGAUAUCGGCCACGUUUUUAAACAAAUGGAAUCCAUAAAACUACACAAAAAGGAAUGUACGAUGGGAAGGUACACGAUUCAUUCAGAAAAACGCUCUGGAUUUUUUUCAACUUGGAGAUUUGUUUGUGAAACUUGUAACCAAGUUCAAGAUGUGUCUUCUCACAAAGACGACUUUGCAGAAGACAUCAAUAAUGCCGCUGUUUGGGGUGCUGUUUCUAUUGGAAUUGGUUACAGCCAAUUAGAGGAAAUGUUUUCCAUCAUGGAUAUCCCCGUCAUGUCAUGCGAAAAGUUCCAGAAACACGAAAGUACCAUUCAACAGGCAUGGGAAAACCAUCUUACAUCUAAACUGAAAGAAGCAGGCCAGCAAGAAAAGAAAAUUGCUGAACAAAAAGGACAUUAUCUAAAUGGCAUCCCCUAUGUAACAGUGUUGGGUGAUGGAGGAUGGGGAAAGCGAACGUAUGGACAUGGAUAUAAUUCCUCUACAGGAGUUGUAAGCACCAAUUUGUUAUCACAUUACUUGUUACAGGUUUUUAAACUGUUGCAAGUAAAAUAUUUUUCCAUAUUUUUAAUAACUUUUUAAAAAUUUUUACUUGUACUAUUGAGGAUUAUACUUUUCAGUUAUAUUAAUAACAUUAUUACAAAUGCUUAUUUAUUUUUAAGCAAGUAAAUUAUGAUUUUUAACAACUGUUUUACUGCUCACAAAAAAAUAAUUUUUAUAUUUUUCAGGCAGUAAUUGUUGGCCAAGAAACAAACAAAAUUCUAUAUCUUGGGGUCAAAAACAAAUACUGCAGCAUUUGCUCCAUAUCAAGUUCCAAAAAAAAAGUGAUACCAGAUCACAUAUGUUUCAAGAACCAUACAGGUCCUUCAACAGCUAUGGAAAAAGACCUUAUCUGUGAAGGAUUUAACCAAAGUAUACCAAUGCAUGGUUUAAUUUAUAAGAACUAUGUAGGUGAUGGGGAUGCUGCAGUGUUAGCAGCGAUUCAACAGAAGUGUGACUAUGGUCGGUACGUCACGAAAAUUGAAUGUGCCAACCAUGCAACAAGGGCAUUUUGCGAGAAUAUCCACAAGCUUUCGUCAAACAAAGCUUAUGAUCUGGAAGCACGGAAACUCCUCAGUAAAGUUGAUGGAAAUGCAAGGAUUUCUCGAACAGAGAGGUUGGUCAAAGGUGUACGGACUGCAAUAAAAGAGGCAUCAAAGAACAGAGGAAAAGAAGCUGUGGAUAUUCUUAGAGCAGAUCUACGAAAUGCACCUGACCACGUUUUUGGAUCGCAUGCCAGAUGCAGAUCUAAUUAUUGUAACAGAAAAGAUUCUGAAGAGGAAAAUUUACUUCAAAAAUUGGAAGGUGCUGGUUUGCUUAAACCUAUUCGAGAUUGCAUAGCAAGACUUGAGAAGAAAGCUGAUAAACUCAUCAGCAACAGCACCACAAAUGCUGCAGAACGGUAAGUAGAAAUGAACAUACUUUUUAAAUGUUUUACAUCUUAUAUACAUAACUAGUAUGUUUCUAAACACAUUUGUGCUUCUGCAGGUAUAUGGCAUUAAAUGCGAAGUUUUCUGGAGGAAAACGAAUACAUUUUGGAAAAAGGGGGAGCUAUUACACACGUUGCUAUGGAGCUGCUCUCUCCCAUACAAGUGGUCCCGGCUGGCAUUCUAGUCCAUGGAAAAGGAUGCACAAUCGUAGCCCCGGGUUAGCGUGUAAGAAACUUUGUCAGAGGCGCGAAAAGAAAUCGUCGAAAAGGAAGUUGAAGUAUGAGGAUGAGGGUGCACCAAAGAAGAAAAGAAAGCUGGGUGCUGGACCAGAUGAAAACUAUGGAGACACUGAUUCGAUGCAAAUGCCUGACGUUCAACUGGAAGAAUUGGAGUCACGAUGUCAGGAACUUUUGACAAAGCUUCGUGAAGAAUCAAAUACUGAGGCUAAGCGGGGCAGUAUAGAGGCAGCUACCCGAGGUCAACAUGACAAUGAGAAGUGGCAUGAAGUUCGUAUGAACCGACUGACUGCAUCAAACUUCGGCACUGUCGUCCGACGACAUGACUUCACACCCUGUCAUAACCUUGUGCGGAACUUAUUGUACCCUAAGGAGCUUAAUACUCCAGCAAUUUUAUUUGGCAGAGUUAAUGAGUCUGUGGCCUUGGAAAGGUACAGUGCUGAAAAAGGAAUUGAGGUUACCUCCUGUGGGAUCUUCAUCAGUACUGAUGAACCAUACCUUGCUGCAUCUCCCGAUGGCCUUGUUUCUGGAGAUGGUUUGGUUGAGGUGAAAUGCUUAUUGUCUGUGAAGGACAGGCUCUUACGUGAUGUCAGUCAAGACAAAAAAAACUCGUUCUGUUUAGAAGUGAAACAUGGAUCUCUUCAGCUGAAAAGAAACCACCGGUACUUCUACCAAAUUCAAGGUCAACUGAACAUAACAGGAAGAAAUUUCUGCGACUUCGUAGUUCUGACAGAAAAAGAUUUCUUCACUGAAAGAAUUUUCAGGGAUGAAAAUAUUUGGAUAACGUCAAUGCUACCGAAGCUCAGAAAUUUUUACCUGCAAUGUAUGCUUCCCGAAAUAGUGGACAGCAGAAUAAAGAGGAACAUGAAAAUCAGAGACCCACCAUAUAUUAUUGAAGCCCAAGAAAAGCAGCGGGAUAAGAAUAAAACUAAGUGAACAUUCGAGACUUUGUGCGCGCGCCCAAACAAGAGGUCAUUUAAGUAAGUAUUUAAUUUGUAUUCGAGAAAUGGCUAACAGAGUACCUGUCCAAUUGAUAAUAAUGUAUGAUGUUGUUAAUGAUAAUUUUCAUAAAAAGUCCAUUUUAUCAUAUUCAAAUGCGAUUCCUACGACAUUAUAAUGAGAGCUAAAGGCAAUUAAAAGUUGUGCCAAUGCGAAUCUUUAACAUUCGAAAGAAAUUUUUUUACCCUUAAUGGUUGUGGCGGGAUAAACGGAUACAAUGAGAGGAAAGAAGCCCAAAAUAGAUGUGACAUUUCAAUAUAUUGGAUGAAAUAGUUUAUGUGUAGAGCAAUGGUUCCCAUCCGGUGGUGUGUGGGAGCUUAGCGAGUGGCUGUAAACUACUUUUUUAUCCACAUUUAAAUAGAUGUCUACAUUAAUACGGAAUGUACAUACAUGCUAAUUGUAUACUUUAAUCUACACAUACUGUUAGCUUGUCACAUCCUCGUUUAUUGUUAACUGCUACUAUAUAUGUAGGCUUGAGUGUGUAUCCACAUAAUAUUAAUUGUGUACCAUAAUUAAGUUUAAUUUUAAGCUUAGGUAAUAUAUAAUUAGAACUUAAUAUUCACAUAUUUUCAUCGUAUAGAUUUAAUUGUGUCUAUUGGUAUAUCUUUAGACAAUGUGUAGUUUUAAAUGUAUACUUGCAUUCCCACACUCUGUACUCAUUAAUUUUUAUGUUCAUGAAUAUAUAAUCCCCUACAUCUAGCCCACAGUGGGACUGUACACAAUUUUCUUUCAGUCGCCACUACUUGGUCACUUGCGUCCUAUUACUUUCCUACCGCUCUCAUGAAGUGAUAGCAGGACUUUAUCUCCGGGUUAUAACGUUUCGGCAGAUAUUAACUUUCAUCUAACUUUAAAAUCCUAGCAGGGAAAAUUUCAUGAAACAUUAGUUUCGUUACCUUGAUACCAACAGUGUCAAGUAAUCUAAUGAUGUAAGUAAAUGUAGAUGUGGGUUUUAAGUAGAGUAGAAAGUUUCAAUAACUAUAAUUAAAUAAGUUUUAAUUACAUUAAAAAACAUAAAUUAAGUAUGAGUCUUGGUGUAUUGCAAGACCCAGCGCCUUACAAAAAUUUUUCAGUCUUUUAGUUUUUUAAAGAUGUAACUACUAAUAUAUUUUGUGUUAUACAGGAGAUUUGCUAAUUAUGCCACAGUGAAGAACUUAAUUUCUUAAUACUUGUACAUUUUCAUGGUCAUGUUAAUUAAUAUUCUAUGAAUUUUUUUUCCUUACAACAUUUAUUUACACUAUUUACUAAUGUUUACGUCUUUGGUUAGGUGAAUGUUUGUGGAUAAAAUUUUUACAUGUUAUUUAAAUGAAAAAGUUUUUUUAUGGUUGUAUUAUAUUUGUGAUGUAAUGAAUCUGUGAGUCGUUUUUGGACUCUUGGUGUAUGUGUGAGUGAAAGAAUAGACGAUGGGCAUGUGUGCACCGCGACUAGCCGGCCAAGACAUUCUGGUGGUAUCUACAUGAUUGUAUUGUUAUGAUGGGCAUUUGUACCAGUGGACUCUGGGGACUGACUCACGUGGAUACAGUAAUUUCAUUUUGUAACAGCCAAUGCAUUUGUGUAUCAAAGGUGUUUUGUUUCCCCCUUUUUUACGGUUUCUUAAGAAAUGAUUGUAUAAAUGGAAUGGACACAUCGGAGGGGGUCGCAUAGGCGAGAUUCUACUGUAUUUAGCUAUUUAAUUUUUUUUUAAGUUUUCUCCAUUUGUAUUUAUUUAUUAUAGCUGGAAAUGUUCGUUAAAUGUUUGGUUGCAAAAAUUACGAUGUUGGACUGCUUGGUGACGUUAUCUCUCUCGUCGCUCUGUGUGAAACUUCAGACAAUUAGCUUCGAAAUACAUGAAUGUUCUUGUCUUUACUUCGGGGGGGGGGGGGGAAAUUGAACCCCCAAAACACCCCACCUGGGUACGCCUAUGCUAGACAAAGAAAGACUUCACUCAGUGUUUUUGUAAUAAUAUUCCUGGUGGAGACAGGAAAAUAUCUUUCUUAAAGACAUCCUUAGAUGAAAUUAAAGUUUCCGUCCAUAAGUAAAAGAAUUCACGCUCAAAUUCUUUAACAAAGUGUUCCACUCAAAACGUCGGCUAACUCACGACUGGUUCCGAGUGGACACGCAGAAAUAUAUUAGUAGCAACUUGAGAGACAAAAAAAUUGCAUGUGUUCACCUAAGAUGGAAAAAGGUUAUUGAUAAAGCGAAUAUUUACGAAAAAAUGUGUCUCGGUCACCAAAUGAUUUAAAUUAUUAGUUCUUUAAAUGCAGAAGAAUUCCACAAGUCAUCAUGACCACCGUCUUGUGACCACGGAGAUACACAUGAAAGUCUCACACAACAUCUUCCUUCAUUUAAAUAACACAAAUUUACUGCACGAGGUGUCAAACUUAUUAUCACAAACAAAAUAAACACUUCUAGCACUAAAAUCCCGUGGCGGCUCGCAGCUUACGGUACACCAGAUGGAAUCAGUCCAUGGAAACAAUGCCGAGAUUCAUUCCGCAUUUUUUUUAGGCUGAUACCGACGACUGAGAUAAAAUAUCUGAAAAUGCAGCAUUCGGUAUCAAGUUAACUCAUAUUUCGUACCGAGAAGACUACGGAAACCCUACACACACGGAAAAAGUAUUCAUCCAUAACUUUUGUUUACUUAUCUUACAAUAUCACGUAAAGAAAGAUUAAAUUUAUGUUUUAACAUAUUAAAUAAAAUAAUUGAGCGGUUACACAAGCAAGAAAAA